GUAUUCCACUGCUGUCGCCGUGGCAUGACGUUUAAAGACAAUUUGGUGACGUUUGAGUUUAUCGUCAACAGACAGAAAUUGGAAGGAGAUUCUUGUACGUUGUCAUACGAAAGUGUAGCGGUAGUUCAUUACUGUAUCAACUCGUAGAACCUAGCUAAAAUGGAUCAAAUCACAAAAUUUUUCGAACCUGGCAGACAAUUCGCCAAAGACUCUAUCAGAUUGGUUAAAAGAUGCACGAAACCAGACAGAAAAGAAUUCCAGAAAAUCGCUAUUGCAACAGCUAUAGGAUUCUGCAUCAUGGGAUUCAUAGGAUUCUUCGUUAAACUCAUCCAUAUACCAAUCAACAAUAUUAUUGUUGGAUCGUAAAUUUGUUCUUCACUCAUUCAUUAAUUUAUUUCGUUCAUGAAAAUAAGUUUACAUUCGGUGUGCAUUAGUUUUGUUGUAAUAUUUUGUACUGAUUCAUGAAAUAAAUCUAGUUGUUAUAAGGGA